GGAGAGGGUAACUUUUCGUGAGGGGAGUGUCACUAGAGUGUCCGUGGUCGCCAAUUUAAGGCAUAUUUGCUGUAUAAUUAUAUUUAUGUUCGUAUGAAAAACGUGUUUUGAAUUUAUAAGUAAUGCAGUAUUUACUUAAGUAUGUACUUGAUGUAACAUUUGUAGUAUAUACAUAAAAAUUUGAAAAAAAAAACUUAAAGUUUAUUUUAGUGUACGUAUUUUCAAUCAAAACCACGCACAAUGGAACGAACCAUUUCUAACCUUAAAAUCUUGUAUUUCUAACCUUAAAACAUCUGUCAAAUACAGCAUUCAACAUGAAUUAUAAAUAAAAAUUUUGUAAAACUAUAGAUAGUAACAGAAUCAUGAGUAAUUUAAUAGAUGCCCAUUGGUUUCCUUUAACAUCACAAGGAAACAUUUAUUCAAUGACAAAGUUAUGUUCUACCAAUGGUUCAAAUAAAGUAUUAGUGGCUUCCUUAAAACGCAAGAUAUAUUCCUGUGAAUAUCAUUUGAUGCCCAAUCUACAUCUAAGACCAUUGGUUAAAGAAUUACUCUUUACAUACAUUCCAAGUGGAGCAGAAAUUAUGUCAAUUGAUGCUUAUAAUAAAUCUGAUACCGGAGAUGGGUUUGUAAUAGGAAUAACAAUAAUUAAAGUAAGCACAGAUACAUCUGUAGAAAGAUAUUUAAAUAUAUAUACAGAAGGUGCUACAGAUGGAGAAGGAGAUGAAUGUAGUUCGAUUGAAGCUAUAGCUCAAAAUUGUUUAAUGGUAGAAUUGGCAUAUAUUCCUUAUCAUUUAUAUCAUACAAUAUUACCGCAACAAAAUUCACACAAUGAGGUUGUUUGGUUAUUGUCUGGAAGCGAUUACAAGAUUCACAUGAUUAGGGAAGAUAAGUUAAACCAUGGUUAUAGUGAAUCAUCAAUUGAAAAAUAUUUUCCAGAACUCCAUGAUAUUGAAGCAAUUUCAUUAUGGAUUAAUAUUUACUAUUAUGAUGACUAUAAUUGGAGACUGACUGUAAUAGGUUGUGAAUGUGGUUUGGUCAAAGUUGCUAUCGUUAAUGUUUUAGAACUGAAAGUCCGUCGAAGUUGGAAAUUAAGAUAUGACACACCUAUCUCCAGUGUAUAUGUAUUUCCACAAAAAAAUAAUAUUACAGAACCUAAUUUCAUUAAUUCAAAUGAUAUAAAAGAGAAAAACAAAGAAAAUUUAAGUAAAAAAGAAACAAAGUUAAAUGUUCUUAUUGUAAAUACAUGUAAUGCAGUAGUCUUUAUGGAUAUUUUAAAUAAUGGAAUGGAUGAAGAUAUAAGAUUAAAUGGUAGUGAAACAUCCGAUUGCAUUUUAUGUUCUUGUAUUGCUGAUAUCAACAUGGAUGGUCAGAAUGAAAUACUGUUAGGAACAUACGGACAGGAAAUAUUAAUAUUUUGUUUUGUAAAUGAUACAUGGGAAUUAAUUGUUAGAAAAUUGUUUGAUGCACCUGUACAUUCUAUAUGUUACAUGGAUAUAACAAACGAUGGAAUGAAAGAACUUAUUGUUCUUACACAACGUGGAGUACACAUAUUACAGCAUAAUAUUGCAGAUGUAAAAAAUAAAUGGAAAAAACGAUAUCAAAGAAUAAUGGAAAGAAGUGAAACAUAACUUAUAAUUAAAAACAUAAUUUUUUAACUCUCAUAUGAAAAAGUUCAAAUCAAUUUUAGGCUCUAAGAAGUGCUACGAUUAAAGUUGUGACUAAAGAUCAAAGAUUAAUAUAAAUUUAUAUGUGUAUGUAUGUAUGUAUGUAUGUAUAUAAUGUACUAUACAGAAAAGAGAAGAAUCAAAGUAAAUUUAUUUUUAUCCUUACAACGCAUGUAUGACUGGAAAACCAAUAAAUUAAAAUU